AUGAAGGAUUACCAGCUUCAUCUUGAUGAAGCUGUAUCGUUCGACGAAUGGGCUAGCAGGGAGUGUUUUGGCGAGAAACAGUUUUCGCCAGCACGAAAUUUGGCAACCCUCGGCGCGAUCGGAGUGGCCUUUCGCUCUCUGUUUACAGAUCCCGGCGGUAGCGCAUUCAAUUGGACAUUGCCUGCUCUUCCCACUCGGAAAAGUUCGGAGAACUCCGAAGUGAGAACGAAGGAGGCACUUGCUCACCUAGGAACUCUUGCUAUCUUACCACUGGAUCCCACCCGGAGCUCCAGAUACCGCUAUCCGAACCGCCAGCUCCAGAGUCGUCGCUUCUCCGCCCCUGCUACCGUACCGCACCAUUGGCGCCGGGAAGUAUUUGACCGCUGGCUAUGUAGGCACCUGCGUGUGCUAGGACGAUCUCUUUCCAUUCAUUCAGGGGCUCUUUGUUGUCAGACUUUGUGCGGUACACUGACCGAGGGUCCGACCCUCCAUUACACGGCAAUCCUGGCGUCAGCGUUCAGGCGAUUCUUCCACAGAGAAGGAUCCGCAUCUCGAGUGGAUACUUCAAGACCCACCUUGACAUCCAGUCAAAUCAGAGAGCUGAAAGCAGCUUUCUCUAUGCUGGACAAGAACAAGGACGGGCGCGUGAAUGAAACGGAGAUCAAAUGCAUGUUGGAGAAACUCGGAAUCGUCCUCACGGACACUAUGGUUGGCAAACUCAUCGACCAGGCGAGCAAGAGAGGUGACCGCUUGCUGAAUGAAGAGGAGUUCCUCUCUUGGAUGGCCCACCAAAGUGUCCAGGAAGACGUGAUGGCCGAUCUCAUGGCAGCCUUCAGAGUCUUCGACAAGGACAGGAAUGGGUAUAUCACGCGGGAUGAACUCCGGACGGCCAUGGAAAUGAUUGGUGAGCCCAUGUCAGAAGAACAGCUCGAUCUGAUGAUACGGGCCACAGACACCGAUAACGAUGGCAGGAUCAACUACGAAGAAUUCGUUCGUAUGCUGCUCUAAUCAGCUCGGAAGACAUUUCUCAUUUUUACUUGUUACAUUUUGAAUGUCAUCAUGCAUAUUGACAGUCCCGUAGAUGUGUUCCUUGAGUGUUCUUAUUUGUGAGUCAGUCGGUUGUGGACAGUGUUUUAUGUAUUAUACUUUAAUGUCUCGCUUAUUAAUACAUGUGUAUAUACUAAAAUGAGAAUAUGUUUUUGUUUCAGUAAACUACAUUAAAAAAAUUAUCGUAGA